GGAAGGGAGAGAGAGAGAGAGAGGAAGGGUGUUGGCGAGUCGUCGAAGCGUGGUUAGCUGAUAGAAAUCGACGUUUUUCGGUGUUAUGAAGCUCGUUAUUCGUCCUCGGUGAACUAUGGAGAAGCUAGCCGGGUUUUUGUUGCUAUUGGCGACGCUGAACGUCGCUCGAGCCCAGGACAAGGGAACCGCGAAGUACUUCAAAGAUGGCGGGCUAACGCUGGAGCUGAGCCCUCGUCCCACUGAACCGCUCACCAACGUCGUGUGGAAACUUGAGGGAAACUUUGUAGCGGAGUGGUUCAAAAACAAGGAAACCGGUAAAGAAAUAGUUCCUCUGACUUUUUACAGAACAUUUAAAGGACGCGCGACCAUGGAUUUAACCACUGGACGGUUGGAAAUUAGCAACAUGACGAAAGCCGACGCGGGUGCGUAUUCGGUGGAAGUGAACAGCGUCGUCCAGACCGAGCUCUACAACGCCGUAUUGAUAAAAGAAGUCCCCGAGCCUGGGGUGGUGCCGCGGCCGUUGACGUGUUCCUCCGCGUCGGAAUGCACGUUAACCUGUGACGCGGACCCAGCGGUCCUCGUAGACGCUGGACCCCUCACCUACAGCUGGAGGAAGGGGGACGGAGGGUGGACGGAGUCGGGGAAGGACCUGGACAUCACCAAGAAGGGGUCGGCGGGGGUGGAGACCUUCACCUGCCGCAUCCAGAACCCGGUCAGCGCGAGAGAAAGUAAACCCCAAAGAAACCCGCUCUUAGGAGAGGAGCAAGGUGGCUCUAACGCUGGGGUGAUUGCGGGUGUCGUCAUUGGGAUCAUUGUGGCUGCGGGUAUUGGGGGUGGAAUUUGGUAUUCCAAGAAAAAAAACCAAAAUACUGGAGGUGUUAGCAGCCCUGCUGGUGCUGGUGCUGCUGCUGCUGGUGGUGCUGGUGCUGGUGCUGCUGCUGCUGGUGGUGCUUCGGUCGAAAAUGGACGGAAACCAGAACCUUCUGACAAGAAGCCAGGAGCGGCAGAAGAAGAACUAGAGUCACUUAAUGGACACACGAACCAAGAUGGCGGAGAAAAGGAGUGAAGUUUGUGUGUGUGUGUGUGUGUGUGUGUUGUGUGUGAGAGAGAGAAAGAGAGAGAGAGAGAGAGAGGGGGAGAGAGAUUGUGUGUGAUUGUGAGAGAGUGUGUGUGUGAUUGUGAGAGAGUAUGUGAGUGUGUAUGUGUGAUUGUGUGUGAGAGAGAGAGAGAGAGAGAGUGUGUGACUGAGAGAGUGUGUGUGUGUGUGUGUGUGUGUGUGUGAUUGUGAGAGAGUGUGUGAGAGAGAGAGAGAGUGUGUGAGAGAGAGAGAGAGAGAGUGUGUGUUGUGUGUGUGUGUGUGUGUGUGUGUGUGUGUGUGUGUGUGUGUAUAUGUACAGCGGUUGUUGCCAAUCCGGGCUGGUUGAUACGGACCUUCAAUUACACCGAUUAUUAAGAUUCAUUCACAAAAAAACAAAGAUGAUCAACGUCCCCCCAAAAGCCCCAAAAUGGCGUCUCGUCCUGUCCACAACUCGGAGACAUUCACUUUAAUGUCAGACUAGCAGAUUUCAGACAAUUUUGACUUUUUUUUUAUAGAAAAGAAAUGACUCAAAACAACUGCUUGAUUAUCAAAAAAAGUGUGAAAUGUGACUCAAUGAUUGACAGCUAGUGGAUUAGUCUUUUGCGGGGUUGCAUUUUCUGUCAAUUCAGACAUUUCAACGUGCAGUGUCUGUAAUUAAAAGAGUCGCACAGGAUCCUAAGAUAGGCUGUCAAAUCAAAUAUAUGUUUAAAUAUCUGCCCAGCUGUUGAGUUUUUUUAUUUUCUGCUGAAUGAAAUGCUUCUUCUGCCUCGUUAGUGACUCAUUGGGGAAACUCCUCCAAUGAGCUGGCGUUAUUUAGAGGAACUGUAUAUUUACAUUUUGAUGCACUGGACUAAAAUGCAGAAGCACUUAUUUAACCCUCGUGUUGUCCCGGGUCAAAUUUAACCCGCUUUCAGUUUAAAAAGAAGUGUCACAGAAAAAUAGGUGUACCAAAAAGUCAAAAAAAAGCUCCCACAACAUUGGAAAAAAGUGACAAAUGUUGAUGAUAAUAUUGGGAAAAAAGUCACAAAUGUUGAUGAUAAUAUUGGAAAAAAAGUGACAAAUGUUGAUGAUAAUAUUGGAAAUAAAAGUGAUAAAUGUUGAUGAUAAUAUUGGGGGAAAAACUGACUAAUUCAUUUAUUAUUCAUAGUAGACAACACAAGUUUAAAUCAUGUCUUAUUCUAACGAUUUUUGAAUAUGUAUCUGUCAAUGUUGGCUUAUUUUCACCUUGUCGGCGAUGAGUUGAAUGUACAAAACGUGUCGUAUAACACCGGCUUUUAUUAACGUGACUUUUAAGUGUAUAUUAUAGAUGUCAAAGCAUUUGGACGAUCUAUAAAUGUUACAUCUGAUCUCAA